UUCUAAGAAUGUCUGACAGUUUGUCGUUGAAAGAGUCAGCUGUAGUUUACUUGGACAGAAGUGGUGGGCUGGAAAAACUGACCAAAGACUGCCAACAAUACAACGGUGAGGUUUUUGUACGGAGAUUUGGAGAAUAAUUAAUGCUAAAACUGCUAAUGUUAAAGCUAUGUACACUGAGCUAACUCGGGAUUUAACGUUACAGACCCUGCACAUACCGAGGCAGUUUACCGGUUUUCAGUAACAGUUAAUCCCACUGAUGUUAUAGAGGUGAACCCAGCGCUGGGUGACUGUGUUCUACACGACCAUCUGAAGGCAACAGCAGUGUUUCAGUCUGUUUGCUUUCUGGCCAUUAAGACUCUUUCUCUCGUCGAAAAGAUACACACAUUGAGUCAGUUUUCCUCGGGGAUACGGCCCCCUGAGACCUGUUUCCAUGGAGGGACUGGUCAUUGCCAUGACGAGGGUCACCAAAUACACCCAAGGGGCCAGGUUCCUUUGUGUCAACGAGGACUGCCCCAGUGCUACAGGGUUCCACCAUAUCAGAGUCCAUGCACCCGGAGCCACAGAGUCAGCAACAGUGAGAAACAACUUUAGCUGCAUGAUCUGUGAAUCCCCGCUGAAAGAAGAUGUGAAGUUCAGAGUUUUGGGAGACAAACAACUGGUGGAGCUGAUAGAUGUCAAAGCACUGGAUGUUCUUAAUGGCCAGCAGCAAAACUCAUUCAAAUACCAGUCUGUUACCCUGUUUCUCAGAGAUGAUCUGUGUAACUCCAUGAGAAUUGGCCAGCUCUAUCAGGUGAUAGGCAUCCCUGCACAGGUCCACCAGUGGCCCAGCAUCUCCUGGAUUGUAGAAGCAAACAAUAUCCAGCCUUGGCAACCAACAUAUCCCUCCAACAUCAGUGCCAAUUUCAACAGUCUGCUGAAGGCCACAGCCUCCUCUCCUUGGAGAUUCCCUGCCGUUGUAGCUCACUGCUUUGGUUUGGAUUUAGCUCCUCCAGGUUUGCACAACACACUAAAGCUUGGUUUGUUGCUUAGCUUGGUGCAGACCAGAGCAGAUACUGAAGAAACUCAUCACAACUUGGAUGUCCUAGUUGUUGCCUGUGAUACUCUCAUUAUAGACAGACUAAUAACGUACAGCUUGAGUUUGGCUAAUCGUGGUGUCAGACACCAGGUCUCUGGGGAGAUGUUUGUAUCACUGUCUAAAGACGAACAUGGAGCUGGUACUGUCAACAUUCAUGCUGGUUAUGCUCUGUUAGCCACCGGGGGCAUAUGUAUGCUGGGAGAUCUGGGCUGUUAUAAAAAGGAGAAGUUGGACUCUAUUCAGUCAGUCCUGGAGAACCACACAGUGUCAGUGUUUGUCCCAGGGAAGAAAUACGGUGAGGAUGCUGAUAAGCAGCUGUCUUUCCCCGUCCAGUGCAGCUUCUGGGCCUUAACAGAUCCUUCUCAGAGAAGUGGGAGGACAGACUGUAACAUAUUGGGAACAGUGGAAAUGGGUCCAAUACCAGCACCGUUGGCAGACGCAUUUGGGCUAGUGGUACAGUGUAAGGACAAAGUACGAGAGCAGGUACUUCUUGCUGAAACUGUCCACACCCUUCAGAAGGCAGUAGAGCCUGGAAAACCCCUUUACCCAUCCUGCUGGGAGUUUUCUACACAAGACUACAAAGAGCUAAUAACCCAUGCUCAGAAUCUACAAGUGGAACUCAGCCCUGGGGCAGAGAAGAUGAUCCAUGGAUACUAUAUGGCCAGUCGUAGAGUCCGAGCACAGAGUCAAGCAGUGAAGAUGUCUGUAGCUUCUGUCAAACUAUUGAUCUCACUGGCUGAAGCCCACUGCAAGUUAUGUCUCAGAACAUGUGUACUGGAGGAAGAUGCCGUCAUUGCUGUGCUCCUGUGUGAAAACUCAGUAACUCUAAAACAUGGGGCCUCUGCUCUUAUAAUUCCACCUGAUGCUGUGUUCCCCUGUGAACUUGGAAGUGUAGACGGUCUACACAUGAGAGACACGGUCCUAGAUAAACUCCAGCAGGACAUUCUACGCUUUAUUUACGCCUACGCACCAGGGGCGGACCAAUACAUAACAGAAGAAUAAAAAGAAAAAAAGCUCCUUCCUCCUGUAGUGUUCGGGUCAAGUGGGCUAUGUAGGUGGUGGCCAGAAUCAAGACGUCUAGUUUGGACAGCUUGGUGUCCGGCGGCACCGAAGGCAAAGUCCUCUGUAGC